AUGGCAGAAACUUCGGGCAUCCCAAGCAGCCUGUCCAGAGGCAUUCUGCAACCUCGAGUUGUUGCUGCGACAUUACCGACUCCUGAUGUGUUACAACGUGGGAACGGUAGCAGCACAUCUUCAAGCGGUCGAAAAAAAACAUCCACAUGGAGAACAUGGCCAUCAUCCAGUUUGGGUCACUUAGUGGGUUUAUCGACCAUUGGUUUGACCUCGAGGUAUUUGUCCCGCAGAAGUUCAAAGAACACCUUAGGGCGCCAACCUGUUGCUUUGCGCGCAGGUGGUGCGCAAUAUGGAGAUGAAUUUGUGGGAGACGAAGUGGAUGCAGAUUUGGUUGAUUCGCUAAAGCAGCGAACUCUGGAAGCUUUGGAUUUGGAUUUCAUUCUGGAACGCUUGCAAGGGCUAUGCUACACUGCGACCGCUGCAGAAAUGGCAGUGGACCCACAUGCCUUAUUGGCACAAAGUCCAGAAGAAGCUCGUGCAUUGUACGAUACCGUCCUGGAACUUACUCAAUUGGAAGAUGCUGAUCUCGAUCUUGAAGCCAAACUUGACAUCGCAGACGAGGUGGACAAGUGCACUCACGGCUUGGUACUAGAACCAAAUCAGCUAUUCAAAGUCUCGGAAUCCAUCGAGGCUUUGCUUCGAUUGCGCAACGGUCUGGAAGCGGCAAAUACCCGUGGUGUGGAGAUUCCGUCACUGCUGGCCUACUGCCAAGACAUAGACCUUCCUGAUAGGCUCCUGGACAUCAUGCUUGAGGCCUUUCAAGAGGAUGGAGAGCUAUCUCUCAAGAAAUUUCCUGAAUUGGCGCAGCUGCGCCAAGCUGUCAGGGAGUUGGAGGAGGCCUGCUCUCGCACCAUGGCAGAGGUUCUUUCGAGCGGAAAGUACUCUGCGUACUUGUCAGAUGAUGGCUACAUGCAGUUUGGUGGGCACUAUGUGUUGGGAGUGAAGCCACGGUUCAAAGAGAAGGUUGGCCGAAUGUUUGAUGAAUCAAGAAGCGGCCGAACUGCUUAUGUGGAGCCGUUUGAAGUGAUUGAAUAUGCGGAUGGUCUGUCAAAAUCCAAGAAGGAGCUGGAACGUAUGGUUCGGCGUAUCUACGGGAACAUGUCACUGGCCAUCAGUUCUGCCUCGGAAGAUAUGAAGAGAUGCUUAAAGGCAGCUGCCCUCAUAGACUUGGCGCGUGCUCGCCUAUUCCUUGGGGAGGACAUGGAAGGAGAGGUGCCGAAGGUUGGGGAUGAUGGAAUUAUCCAGGUCAGACAGGCUCGUAAUCCAUGCCUGGUGCUCCGUGGAGGGAAGAAGGUGGUCGGUUAUCGACUUGAGCUUGGAACAAGCAGUCAAUGCCUUCUACUCACUGGUCCAAAUGCUGGCGGAAAGACUGUCGUUCUCAAAACUCUAGGAUUGCUGGCGCUCUUGGCUCGCUGUGGAAUUCCAAUCCCCGGGGGAGAAGCACCCAGAGUCGACUUUUUUGAGGUGGUUCUGGCAGAUGUUGGGGACAUGCAAACAAUUGUAGACGACUUGUCAACCUAUUCUGCGCAUUUGGUGGCGUCGCGGAUCAUGCUGAGCGCUGCAGAAGGAGUGGGACCUCGAGCCUUGGUCAUGGUUGAUGAGGCUGCCACCGGAACUGACCCUCAACAAGGAGCUGCGCUGGCAAGGGCAAUGCUGGAGUCCUUCUUGGAGAUGGGCGCUAGAGUUGUGACGACGACGCACAGCAACCAGUUGAAGGAUUGGGCGUUCCAGGAUGAACGAACCAUGACUGCGGCCAUGGAGUACAAGUUGGGCCGUCCCACCUACAGAUUAACAACCAAUGCGGUGGGAGAGUCUCAUGCCAUUGAGACUGCUCAGCGUCUUGGUUUGCCGACUUCCAUCGUUCAGAGAGCUGAGCAGUUGCUGAGUGAUGACCAAAGACAACUGCUGGCCCUUCAGCGACAGGCAUCCGCGGCAGAACAGGAUUAUGUUGCUGCCAAAUUGGAAGCAGAGGAACGGGAGGAAAUUGCAAAGAAAGCCAUAGGAGAUGCUGCAGCCAAGGAAAGCGACUUGGCAUAUCGCGAGAAGGAAAUUGCAAAGAUGGAGGUGAGCUUGAAGCAACGGAUGGAAGCCUUGCAAAGGCAGAUGCAAGCAGAACUGAAGGCCAGGGUGGAAGUGAAGGAGAGGCAGUUCCAGGAUGCAGUUCUGCGCCUGAAGACGGAGGCCCAGAAGGGUGGUUCCCGGCUUCGAAUUGUGGGCGAUGCAUUGGAGGAUUUGCGAGUUGAAUUCAAAGCGCCCACGGACCAGGAGAGAGCAGAGGAAAAGUCGAGUAUCCCAGGGACGAUGGGUAUCCGAGAUCCUCUCAAUGUUGGUGACUGGGUCGUGGUUCUUGCAGAUCCUCCAUGGCACGGUCUCAAGGGUCAGGUCGAAAAACUUCACCUCGCAGCCAGUGGAAGAGCCCCCCAGGUCUCAGUGAGAAUUGGAGCGACUGGGAAGCUGAAGGAGUUCUACAAGACGGAGCUGAAAAGAACUCAAGCGCCACCACAAAGUGCUCGGAAGUUGAAAAAGCCGAAGCAAGAGGCAGCGGCGCCGACACGCAACUACAGCAACAUGAUGUUCUAAUGGUUUGGAUGAGCCACUUUCCGGAGAAGUCUUUGCUGGAUGAAGUGAGAGUCAAUAGAGUCAGAGGCAGACCGUUUCUUGGUGACUCUAGAACAUGGAGCUGCUAAAGCAAAAUUGGCAGAAUCAACGUUUUCUGCGGCUGCCAAAGCAGCCUUGCACAGCUUUUAAAUUCAGCCAAGUUCCAUCCAAGCUUGCUUCUUUCACAACCGGCUGAACUUUCCAAUUUCAGUUCGAUCAAAUGUUUAAAUUUUCAGUUUCUCCCAAAGAGGGAAUGUCUGCACACAGUCACCUAUCUAGAUGGUCGACAUUCAGUUGGGCCAAAGGACAGUGACUGACCU